AUGGAGUCCUCUAAGAAGCUUUCUGCUCUCUUUUUCAUUUCACUCUUCUUGGUUUCUUCCGCAACUCCCGUGCUUGAUUGCGGACCAUGCGACAAACCAAAACCACCCACCAAAAAACCACCCACCAAAAAACCACCCGUCGUCAAGCCUCCAACCAAAGUCCCUCCCAAAGUAAAACCACCAAUCAAAGUACCACCAGUCAAACCUCCGGUCGUACUCCCACCGGUCAAACCUCCGGUCGUGCUCCCACCGGUCAAACCUCCGGUCGUGCUCCCACCGGUCAAACCACCGGUCGAACUCCCGCCAGUUAAACCACCGGUUGAACUCCCACCAGUCACUAUCCCGCCAGUUAAACCACCGGUCGAACUCCCACCGGUUAAACCACCAGUCGAACUCCCACCAGUUAAACCACCGGUCGAACUCCCACCAGUCACUAUCCCACCAGUUAAACCACCAAUCGAGCUCCCACCUGUUAUACCACCAAUCACCAUCCCCCCGCUUGUCAAACCACCCGUCGUGACCCCACCUGUUGUCACACCACCUGUUGUCACACCACCAGGGGGGAAACCCUGCCCGCCACCAAUGUUUACACCUGUUCCCCCGGCAACAUGCCCAAUUGACACCCUAAAGCUCGGAGCCUGUGUGGACCUUCUAGGAGGGUUAGUCCACAUUGGAUUGGGUGACCCUGCCGAGAACAAAUGUUGCGCGGUUCUAGCCGGGCUAGCAGAAAUAGAGGCUGCAGUUUGCUUGUGCACAACCCUAAAGGUCAAUCUGUUGAACCUCAAUAUUUACCUACCAAUUGCUCUUCAGCUGCUUGCUACUUGUGGCAAGUCCCCUCCUCCCGGCUACACUUGCUCUAUCUAAAUUAAGAAGGUCCCUGCUCAGGAGGCAUCGAUGAAAUCCAAUCUCCAGGAGAGGAUGUCUAUUGGGAUGAAUCUCUUGUAAACUUGGAGUAAUUAGUUGUUUAUGGAAAUUAAUAUUGCUUUUGAUUUGUUGAGGAGCAAUCUUCUGAAGAUGAUUAUUGCUUUAAGUGUGUUUAAUUUAUAAUUAAUGUUCAGUUAAUCAUUCAGUGAAUCAAGAUGUUGUUCUUUGCCUAAUUAUUUUU